AUGUUGAACUCGGGGGCAAGGAGGGAUGCCGGCGAGCAGUCCGAAUCGACAUCAGUAUCGCACAGAACGUCAGCUUGGCCAUCAUCACCCGGUUGGAGGACAUCAUCUAGGAGGACCAGCGAAUCGAGAACCACCAAAAGCACGAGAACGCCAUGGAACGCCGACGGCUAUUCCAUGCCUCUAACCUUGGACACCAAGACAGUGACUCAACCAAGUGUACGCCCUUCAUUCUUUGGUUCGUCGCCAAUUGACUCGGCAAGUCCACCCAAGUCGCCAAGACACAAGUGCUCCGACAGCCAGAGCACCAUAUCUUCUUACAAUUCGCCAUUACAUAGCAAUCCUCACUCUCGCUUCUCCUCAGUGUCGACUGUUGGCGGGUUCAACCAAACAACUGGAGCACUGAUAACGGAUCCGGCAGCCUUGACAGCUCUGACAGCACUGGAGUCGAGGUCUUGUGAUAAUCUGGAUUCAGCAGUCAGUCUUUCAUCCAUGCCCGAGUGGCUUCCUGGAAAGCUACCGAGGAUGGAGGGAGGCAUCUCGCCAACCACAAUUGCAGAAGAGCCUGACUUGAGCGAAUAUGAAAGACCUGGCUCACCAUCUGACGCCAUGUUGAUAAGGAGGGACCUUCAGAGCUCGGACCGGAUGAGCCCACAAGACUUGACCAAUCCGGAUCCAAAGUCUUUCAACAACUUCUUGGCUCUUCCAGGCAUACCUAAAUCUCACAAGAGAGCGGUUUCCGCACCUGACUUUGCCGCCGCCAACACAGCUGCGACUCUUCAUCGACCUACGACCCCGCCACAUCAGCUCAGGACACCACGUCAACAAGGCGAAGAUCGCACCGGUUGCAUCAUGGAUGAGAUCGAUUCCGAGGAGGAUUCUCCCAUCUACCUGCCGUCGCCUGACGAGCCAGUGAAAUGCAUGUAUGCAGCCAAAUGUUCCACUGGCUCGUCGCCUCGCAAGGCAAUCUCACACAUCUUUGGCCGCAACAAGACUUGCACACGAAACAUUCCUCCCCAUGUCUGGGUGCACUUUUGUCGCAAGCACUAUCAGCGCACCCGCUAUCGAAACAACCAAGAAUACAAUAAGCUUCAGGCACUUCUCGUCUUGAAGCAGAUUCGGCGAAUCCAGGUGUGGAGCGAUGGUAACCGCAAGGCUGACAAGUCCGGAGUUGUCCGUAACUGGUCGCUCUCAGUCCGCAAGAGAGAGCAAAAGCGUCUUGAUGAGCGCGGCGCCAUUGGCCAGAAGAGACGCCGAUCGGGUGACAAUAGCGAGGACGAUGAAGAUGAUGAUACAGAAGUCAUCGACCAGACCCCCACCUCUGGCACGGCUGUGCCUGGCUGGCUUCUCAAGAAAUGUGGCAGUGGCUACAGCACUGAACAGAUUCUUGAAGUUGUCAAAGCCCUUCGCGCUGAGAUCGUGGCUGGAAAGCUGUCGCAGAUUCCCGACAUAGAGAUUCUGCCCAACAUCGAGUCUUCAGAGGACGGCAAGGCCAAGGCUCCCAUGAAGCGCAAGACAAGCACAAGCAGCCACAAGCGUUCCCGCUCAGUUGGCUAUGGCCAGGGAUACGCCCAGGAUAUCUCCCCGAUGAUGCGACGCACUAGCCAGCCCGGCGCCAACCACGGCCACCGUCCCAGCUUGUCUCGGGUUCCCGAGAGCAUGGUCCCUCCGACCAUGGGCCAUGGCCAGCAUGCGAUGCUGCCUCACCGACCGGCUUCGUACACCUACGAUAAUAACAUGCGCGAGACUCCAGUUCAAGAGUCAUACUAUGACAGUGGCGUCCCUCGUAGCACCCCAUACGCAUUUGGUGGCCCUCUACCCCCCGUUGCCACUGCUCAUAGACUUGGUCAAACGACCAACGCUCAACAGCUCGAGGCCAAUCGAGGCUACUAUGAGAGUCGACACUUCAUGCACCAGCGUGCGUCGUCGGAGGCUGGAUUGUUCCCUCACCACGCGCAAUUCACAUAUCGUUCCUCAUACCAGCCUUACCCGUCCGAGACUGCAUACCAGCCGGCCACCAGCAGCCCCUACGACGCCUAUUCAGCACCCGGCUACAACAACGGCGGUGGACCCCCAGGAUACUAUGACAACGUCCCAUAUCAGCAGCGCUCAUGGGUCCCGCAGCAAGCCUGGGGCCCCGCCCCUGAGCCGCAGCAGUCUCCGUACGCCAUGCCGCGUCACGGUCGCCACCAGAGUGCCUCGGCCGUGCAUCAAUCAACACCUCAGCUCCCUUAUCCCCGAAUGGGCAACAACUCGGGUGAUAUGUGUUAG